AUGUUUGCUGAUUUCAUUUUCCUCAUCCUUAGAAACAGAAAAAAAAUACUUUGCUUUAAUUAUUGUGGUCUGUCAUGUGACAAAUAUGUUUUAAAUUCCUUGGAGGAAUUGAUUUUGUCAUAACAAAUAACCGAUUCGAAAGUGUGACGAAAAAUGAACCAAUCAGUUACUGUGUACACGUUAAUCAUAGCCGUAUUAUUUGGAAUGGUACAGUCUAUUCGAGAACUGCCAUACAUUUCUGUGGACUCAAAACAAAGCGAUGAGGAGCAGUUUCAAUACAAAGUUGUAAUACCACCUGUACAAACAACAGAAGUAAACAGGUACAUUUGCUAUUCAAAAUCAUUAGAAGAGAUAGGCGAAAGUUAUAUAACAAAGUUGUUAACUGAGCCUGACCCAAUCGUUAAACCACAUCAUGUCGACGCCGGUCUAUGCCUAGAACCAUUACAUGAAGAUGCUUCAUGGGAUUGUCAAAGAGGACUAGCAUGUAAAGGUGAUGCUGUUGAGUUCAGUGUUACAGACAAUUUCCAGUCUGUCGAUAAACCUUUUUACGUUCUUCCAAAAGAUGUAUCAGCAAAGGUUGGUGGAAGUGGAAAGAAAUAUUUUUUAAUUGUCCAGAUGCAUAUCUACGAACCAUUAAUAGAACCUGCAUCGCCAGCUAAUAUAACAUUAACAUUCAAGAAAAGACCAACAAAGUAUAAUUACCAGAAGUUUUUACUCGGCAAUGAGGGUUUCGUUCCUGCAAAUAAACCAAAUGGUUUCUUCACACAUGUUGGUUGCGAAUGGAAAAGACCUACAGCGAUUGCCUUUCAUUAUUAUGUUCAUACACAUGUACAUGGUGUUUUCGCCGAAGGAUUUCUUAUUCGAAAUAAUACUUGGACAUACCUUGGUGGUCAGAAAACUAGAGAAAGACAUCAGGUAUGGUUUGAUGUCGUUAACGGACCAGUAGAAAUACGACCUGGUGAUAUUUUAGCUUCACGUUGUUUGUUUAUCAAUAAUGAAGGAAAAGAUAUUGAUCUUAAAUCAGAAGAUACCUGCAUAUUCCAGCUUAGUGUUGGAUAUGACAUACAAUACCAGGAGUAUUUUGCACGUCCACCGGGCUGUAUUUCGAAAUCACCUGAUUUUACCUUUUGUAGUAACGAAAAAACAGCUGCACUUUGUGAUAGUUAACUAGUUAUAUUCAUUGUUACAUAUGUACUGUUAUCUGUGAUUUAAUUGUAAUAAUGCUUGAAAUCACAUUAAGGUAUUCGUACAUUUACUUGACGCUGAUAUAUGAAUAAUUGAAACCUCAAUUUGGUACGCCAAUCUAACAUCAUCUUUUAAAUAGUGUUCUUCUCGUUAUGACAUCAACCUUUGGCGCCCUUUGCCAUGUGACCGGUUAAAAAAUUAGAGGAUUCCCAUAUUUGCAAUCUAGGUUUGUUUCAAUUUUGAGCAAUAAAACAUUGAAAAGUAU